CAUCUUCCCGGCCCUUCCGUCUGUACCUCGAAAGCUCUGAACAUGGCGGACACGGACUCCAAGAGUGUUUCUUUCAGAGCGCUGCAGCUCGCAAAUGAGCAGCGUAACAUGUAUGGACUGAGGUACAACGACUAUAGUCGAUACCGGAAACAUUGUGCAAACAGAACGCAUCGUCUGCGCUCGACAUUGAAGAUAACGCAUGGCAAGGGACGUGAAUUCAAGAAAUUACCUGCCAUUGCUCCAUCGAGUAUUCAGGACGGGCAUCUGCAGCUCCUCCUUUACGAAGCCGAGCGAGCUUGGUCUUACUCCCAAGAACUUCUCGCCCUCUCCAACCUUCCCUCCAACGAAUCAAAGGCAUCAUCUCUCCGCCACAAUGCCACAGGUCGUUUCCGUCGUUCCGUUCACUGGUCCACCCAGCUUCUCUCCCAGUGCCAAACCCUAUAUGCAUCAUCCCGCCUCUCCGCCUCUGGGCUACUCGAGAUCACCAUCUACACCCUGAUCUUGAACGGUCGUUUCCUCCGCUACCGAGACGAAUUUGACGAUGCUUUGGUGCAGCUCAGCGUCGCGAAGGGAUUGCUGGACGAGCUCGCAAGUAGGGCCGACACCAGCAGGGACCAGGCCCUUUACACGUAUUUCGCGGACGCAAUUGGGCCAGAGAUCCGGUACUGUGCGCACGAACUCGGUAGGGAGAAGUCCUAUGACGUGGAUGGAAUUGUGGCAGAGAUAUCGGGCAAACACAGAGAUGAGAUUGUGGAGGGUUACAAUGCGCUGUUAGAGAAAUUGCAGAGCGAGAGUGGGGCGGUAGAGCAGGAUAAGGCGAAGAAGAAGUUGGGGACUUUGAUGUGGGAGGGAGAGCCAGUGCCCGUAAGGAAUCCGGAACUGGUGGACGUACUUCUAAAGGUGCAGGAUGGUGAGGCGAAGUUGAAGCAGGAGAACACACCGCAGGUGAAGAAGGAGGAUGGUGUAGACCAGAAGAAGGGCAAAAAGAGUAAGGGUGGGAACUCGAAGCGAGGAGUUGCGGCGUACGACACCAUCCUUCUUGCUCUCUCUGACGCGGAGGAAGUGGCUCGCAAGUUGAUGGAGGCUCAGCAGCUGAGUGGCGCCUCUUCCGCCUCUAUUGCUGGAGCUCGGGACAUUCAAUUCGUUCACGCGUACAUCGUCUAUCAGCUCCUAUCUCGUCGCAUUCAGCGUGACCUGCUCCUCAUUUCUUCGCUCGUCGCAUCCUCAAAAGCUGCGGCCCCCCGUCGUCCGGCCAACAAGAAAGUCUCAAAAGGCCAGGGUCCCAAGGCGUCUUCGAGCAAGACUGAAAAGAAACAGGUCGAUGCUCGGCUGUAUCCGGCCCUUGUCAAGCUCUUAGAUACGGUCCUGCAAAGCCUGAACCAGAUGCGAACUUUGUCUAUCGUAGAUGAAUCGCCUGACCUCGCUACUGCUGUUGAUGCUCGAAUCGCGUUCACCAAUGCUCGGAGGUGUCUGUACCUUUCGCGGUCCUACCCACCAGUAAAGAAGUAUGCCGAAGCGCUCACACUCGUCCAACACGCCACCCUACACAUCCGCGAAACCCAGUCUAUUCUCACCACACUGGACUCCUCUUCUCCCUCUGCAUCACCCGAAUUCUAUCCUCUCUCUUCCACCCAACUUCACGAAUUCGAAGAAGAACUCAACGCCGACAGCUUAUCACUCAAGACUUCCUGGUUUGCCUACAACGGCGGCUCGCUCGAUGCCGACCCGAAAACCUACAAGAAACCUCUGUUCUUCGAUAUCGCGUGGAAUCAUGUGGCACCGGACAUGGACAGGUUGAUGGAAAGGGCAGGAAAGAAACCUCAGGCUCAAGCUACUCCUGUGGCGCCUGCUCCAGUGAAGACGCAGACGAAGGAAGUGAAGGCACCACAGCCACAGUCUGCAAAGAGCGUGGCGAGGACAAAGUUAGAAGAGGAGAAGAGGGCGGCUACGCCAGAGCCGCAAGCUUCGAAGGCGCCCGCGAGGGGUGGGUUAAGCAGUUUGUUGGGCGGGUGGUGGUAAGUAUUCCGAACUGUGAACCAAUUUGUAUACAAAAGGUUGUCGUCAGAGAGUAUGCUUUCAAUUCUAUGGCGGUAUUCCGGGCACUGCUGGAGCUAUAGUUUUCGAUCUUCUGUACACUCGAGUUGUGGAAUCGUUCUCUAAAUCAAUCAGAUGUCUACAGACCAGAAUAAUUCACAGUUUCGAGGUUUUCCGGAGGACAUACUUGCUUUAUCACUCCAAUUUUGUAGAGAAAUAAAAUGGACGAUUCUGUAUCACCG